UACAAAGAUGUUGUUGGAGUGGAACAAGGGUCUCAUCAGAAAAGCAGACCGAUCCACUGGAAGCACGCCUCUUCACUUUGCGGCGUCAUGGGGGAAACACGAGGUGAUUAGCUUGCUGCUAGCCGCCGACCCAUCGGCGGCGUAUCAGCCAGACAAGAACGGUUCCUUUCCCAUACAUGUGGCCGCAUUCGCGAACAAAGUUGAGGCGAUUAGCGUCUUGCUCGACACCCGCCAUGACUGCGUCGAGCUGUGCGACGCCAUGGGCAAGACCUUCCUUCACGUGGCCGUGGAAGAGGAUAGUCCGUCCGUGGUCAAGUACGCUUGCAUGCUGCAGGGGCAUGAAUUUUCAGCGUCGUCUUUCAUAAACAUGCAGGAUGAUGGUGGCAACACUGCUCUGCACUUUGCUGUUGAGAAAGGAGGCCUCGCGAUCUUCAAUCAGCUUAUCAAAAACAGACUCGUUAUGCUGGACGUGACAAACAACAAGGGGCAAACACCACUUGAUCUUUCUUGGACCACCAUGCCCUCAGGGGUUUAUUAUGGAUUUAACACUAGAAUUGUGAUACAUAAACUGCUAAGAGAUGCUGGCGCUCAGACUGGCACUUACAGAUGUGAUCUCUUCAGCAAACAAGACAUUCCUAAGCUAGACCAAAAGGAAGAAGUGCAGAAGAUCAGCACAUACACGCAGCUCGUUGGCAUUGGCUCGGUUCUGAUCGCGACGGUUGCCUUCGCCGCAGCCUUUACCCUGCCAGGUGGCUACCGGGGCGAUGACCAUAAGAAUGGUGGCACUCCAACGCUCGUUGGGCACUCAGCCUUCCAUGUGUUCAUCAUCGCCGACACGCUGGCGUUCAUCCUCUCGGCCCUAUCCAUCACCCUGCUGACAUACGCGGGGAUUGCCAAAAUUAAUGGGCAUACGCGGCCGCAUGAUCAGCUUUCUCUUUGCGGCGAUACUCAUGACCUCCUCAGCGAGGAGCCUUAGCGCCGCCUUCGUGUUUGGACUGUACGUGGUCCUGGCCCCGGUCGCGCGUACAACAGCCAUGGCGUCUUUUGCGAUCGCGGCCCUUGCAUUUGCUUAUGUCGCUUGUAUCUUGUGGAUGGUUUUCGCUGCUGAGCUGAUGUUGCUGAAGAGGCUCGGAGCACGGGCAUGGUAGAGGCUGCCACGGGCAAUCCUAAAGAGGUUGCUGGUGCAGUUCUGGCCGUACAUUGUGAUCGCCGGCGUGCUCAAGUGUGUCAAGGUCAAUUAAGAGGAACCGAGUUGAAAUGAAAGUGAAACAAUGAGAUCAACCUAGCAGGAGGCACGGCUGGAAUGUAAUAAGUACGAACAAUAUAAAGUCAUUGGCAAAACUCGGAUCAUGUUGUUACAAGAGAUUUUGUUUUCAUAGUAGGACAUGCCAAAGAUUAAUGGAGAUAAAUUUAAAUGAUGAUCAAGAUAAGUUCAUUUGGGGCCUAACAUCUUCAGGAAAAUUCACUAUUAAAUCUAUGUAUGGUGACAUGUUAAAUGGGCAUACAAGAUAUCUUUGUAAAUAUCUUUGGAAAAUAAAAAUAUCACUAAAAAUUAAAAUCUUUAUGUGGUUCGUUAGUAAGAAAGUCCUCUUGAUCCGUGAUAAUCUAGCAAAGAGGAAUUUGAAUGGAAAUACGAAAUGCUCUUUCUGUGACGCUGAGAAAUCAGUUGAACAUUUGUUUAUUCCUGUCCUUUUGCUAGGCUUAUUUGGCCGGUGAUUUUUGCUGUAUAUAAUAUUCCACCUCCAUCCAAUGUCAAAAAUAUGUUUGGAAAUUGGCUUAAUGGAACUGACAAAACUAAUAAAGUUAGAAUUCGCAUUAGUGUUUCGGCUUUAUGUUGGUCAAUUUGGAAUUGCAGAAAUGAUAUUAUUUUUAAUAGAAAGGACUCUACUAAUUUCUUGAAGGUUAUUCACACUAUAGUUCACUAGAUCCAGCUUUGACGUUUCUUGCUCCCGGAGGACCAGCGGGAGUGCACGGUUUCUGGAUGCAACCGCCUUCGAAUGGUUGCCCAGGAUAUUUUCUAUCGGGCUACUUGGCGGCCUAUUAAGAGAUUACAUGAUGCCUAGAUUGCUUAGCAGUUUUCUCUUUUUUGGUGGUUGAUUUUUGUAUCGACCCUCGUUGAUCCUUAAAUUGCAAACUUUGAAUAUUCAAUUUCUUAAUAAAAAGCUGUGUGCAUCAACCGAUGCAGAGGCCGGGGCUCACCCCAUUUCUAAAAAAGGUAGGACAUGCCUAGCUUGGUAUAUAUUCACAACAAUAAAAUGGUUGACAAAAUCAUCUUCUGAAGUAACACCUCACAAUUGAAGAUGUAUGAAGAUCGCGACCACAUUCGCUCAAUGCUUCAAAUUUUGGAAUAAAGGGCAUGCUACGAAGGAAUGCACUGAGGAGGUUCUUUGUGUCAAUUGUGACAAAACCUCUCACAUAUCUAACAAAUGCACUAGGCUUAAGCAGAAGAAAUCUGUGGCAGCAAUGGUUGGGUUUGGCGCAGAGGGAAUAUGGUUCUUUGUAACUGAACAUGCCAAACAGACUCCUUCAAAUGACAAAAAAUCUGGUUCAGCUUUAGUGAAAAUCAAGGAAGGUUUAUACUUCAAUGUAACUGUUGAGAUCCUGGUUCUGAAUUUGAGCAAAACAUACCCCUGCAAAUGGGAUUGGAAGGCAAAGGAGUUGAAACCUGGUGUCUUCAAGGUGGAAUUUCCCUCUGCUGAUAAGGUUAGUGAGGCAGCUAUAUAUGAUUGGGUGCCUUUGAGAGGAACCCAGAUAUGGAUUGAUACGUCUCCAACGUAUCGAUAUUUUCUUAUGUUCCAUGCCACAUUAUUGAUGAUAUCUACAUGUUUUAUGCAUACUUUAUGUCAUAUUUAUGCAUUUUCCGGCACUAACCUAUUAACGAGAUGCCGAAGAGCCAGUUGCUGUUUUCUGCUGUUUUUGGUUUCAGAAAUCCUAGUAAGGAAAUAUUCUCGGAAUUGGACGAAAUCAAUGCCCAGGGGCCUAUUUUGCCACGAAGCUUCCAGAAGUCCGAGGGAGAGACGAAGUCGGGCCACGGGGCGCCGCCACACUAGGGCGGCGCGGCCCAGGGGGGCCCACGCGGCCCUAGCGUGUGGGGCCCCCCGUGACGCCUCCUGACCUGCCCUUCCGCCUACUUAACGCCUUCAUCGCGAAACCCCCAGUACCGAGAGCCACGAUACGGAAAACCUUCCAGAGACGCCGCCGCCGCCAAUCCCAUCUCGGGGGAUUCAGGAGAUCGCCUCCGGCACCCUGCCGGAGAGGGGAAUCAUCUCCCGGAGGACUCUUCACCGCCAUGGUCGCCUCCGGAGUGAUGAGUGAGUAGUUAGAUGGUCG